CGCUACGGUCGCGGACGAGCGCGGCGCCCGUGAGCGCGGCCCAGAGGCGGCGGCGACGGCGGCAGAUCUAUCCAUGCUAAUGGAAAUGUAACUGGAACUGACUCUGAUGAUAAAAUCAAGGACCAUCAGACAAGAUCAUGCACUAGGAAACUUUGCUUCCAAAUGAAGGCACCAACAUUUAGAAUUUCUGCUUAUUCUAAGGUGUGAAGUUUUUCAACAUGAGUGGCCUUGGGGACAGUUCAUCCGACCCUGCUAACCCAGACUCACAUAAGAGAAAAGGAUCGCCAUGUGACACACUGGCAUCAAGCACUGAAAAGAGGCGCAGGGAGCAAGAAAAUAAAUAUUUAGAAGAACUAGCUGAGCUACUGUCUGCCAACAUCAGUGACAUUGACAGCUUGAGUGUAAAACCAGACAAAUGCAAGAUUUUGAAGAAAACAGUCGAUCAGAUACAGCUAAUGAAGAGAAUGGAACAAGAAAAAUCAACAACUGAUGAUGAUGUUCAGAAAUCAGAUAUCUCAUCGAGUAGUCAAGGAGUAAUAGAAAAGGAAUCCUUGGGACCUCUUCUUUUGGAGGCUUUGGAUGGAUUUUUCUUUGUUGUGAACUGUGAAGGGAGAAUUGUAUUUGUGUCAGAGAAUGUGACCAGCUACUUGGGUUACAAUCAGGAGGAAUUAAUGAAUACCAGCGUCUACAGCAUACUGCACGUGGGAGAUCAUGCAGAAUUUGUCAAGAAUCUGCUACCAAAAUCCCUAGUAAAUGGAGUUCCUUGGCCUCAAGAGGCAACACGCCGAAAUAGCCAUACUUUUAACUGCAGGAUGCUAAUUCACCCUCCAGAUGAGCCAGGUACUGAGAACCAAGAAGCCUGCCAACGGUAUGAAGUAAUGCAGUGUUUCACUGUGUCACAGCCAAAAUCGAUUCAAGAAGAUGGAGAAGAUUUCCAGUCAUGUUUGAUUUGUAUUGCACGGAGAUUACCUCGGCCUCCAGCUAUUACGGGUGUAGAAUCGUUUAUGACAAAGCAAGAUACUACAGGUAAAAUCAUCUCUAUCGAUACUAGUUCUCUGAGAGCUGCUGGCAGAACUGGCUGGGAAGAUUUAGUGAGAAAAUGCAUUUAUGCUUUUUUCCAACCUCAGGGCAGAGAGCCAUCUUAUGCCAGACAACUGUUUCAAGAAGUGAUGACUCGUGGCACUGCCUCCAGCCCAUCCUAUAGAUUCAUAUUGAAUGAUGGGACAAUGCUUAGCGCCCACACCAAGUGUAAACUUUGCUACCCUCAAAGUCCAGACAUGCAGCCUUUCAUCAUGGGAAUUCAUAUCAUCGACAGGGAACACAGUGGGCUUUCUCCUCAAGAUGACACUAAUUCUGGAAUGUCAAUUCCCCGAGUAAACCCCUCAGUCAAUCCUARUAUCUCUCCAGCUCAUGGUGUGGCCCGUUCAUCCACAUUGGCACCAUCCAACAGCAGCAUGGUAUCCACAAGAGUAAACCGCCAUCAGAGCUCAGACCUUCAUAGCAGCAGUAGUCAUAGUAAUUCUAGCAACAACCAAGGGAGUUUUGGAUGCUCACCUGGAAAUCAGAUUGUAGCCAAUGUUGCCUUAAACCAGGGACAGGCCAGUUCCCAGAGCAGUAACCCCUCUUUAAACCUCAAUAAUUCUCCUAUGGAAGGUACAGGAAUUUCCCUAGCACAGUUCAUGUCUCCAAGGAGACAGGUUACUUCUGGCUUGGCAACAAGGGCCAGGAUGCCAAACAAUUCAUUUCCUCCAAAUAUUCCAACAUUAAACUCCCCAGUUGGCAUGACAAGUAGUGCCUGUAAUAAUAGUAAUCGAUCUUAUUCAAACAUCCCUGUAACAUCUUUACAAGGCAUGAAUGAAGGACCCAAUAACUCUGUUGGCUUCUCUGCCAGUUCUCCAGUCCUCAGGCAGAUGAGCUCACAGAAUUCACCUAGUAGAUUAAAUAUACAACCAGCAAAAGCUGAGUCCAAAGAUAACAAAGAGAUUGCAUCCAUUUUAAAUGAAAUGAUACAGUCUGACAACAGUGCUAGUGAUAGCAAACCCCUGGAUUCAGGGCUUCUGCAUAACAAUGACAGACUCUCAGAUGCAGACAGUAAAUACUCUCAAACCAGUCACAAACUAGUGCAGCUUUUGACAACAACUGCAGAACAGCAGUUACGGCAUGCUGAUAUAGACACAAGCUGCAAAGAAGUACUGUCUUGCACGGGCACUUCCAGCUCUGCGUCUGCUAACUCUUCAGGAGGUACUUGCCCCUCCUCUCAUAGCUCGCUGACAGAGCGGCACAAAAUUCUGCACCGACUCUUACAAGAGGGAAGUCCCUCAGAUAUCACCACUUUGUCCGUGGAGCCCGAUAAAAAGGACAGUGCAUCUACUUCUGUGUCAGUAACUGGACAGGCCCAAGGAAACUCCAAUAUAAAACUAGAACUGGAUACUUCAAAGAAAAAAGAAUCAAAAGACCAUCAGCUCCUGCGCUACCUUUUAGACAAAGAUGAGAAAGAUUUAAGAUCAACUCCAAACCUUAGCCUGGAUGAUGUAAAGGUGAAAGUGGAAAAGAAAGAUCAGAUGGAUCCUUGUAACACAAACCCAACCCCGAUGACCAAACCCGCUCCUGAAGAGAUUAAACUGGAGUCCCAGAGCCAGUUUACAGCUGACCUUGAGCAGUUUGAUCAGUUACUGCCCACUCUGGAGAAGGCAGCACAGCUGCCAGGCCUGUGUGAGACCGACAGGAUGGAUGCUACAGUCACCAGUGUAACUGUCAAGUCAGAGAUCCUGCCAGCUUCACUUCAGUCCACCACUGCCAGACCCACUUCCAGGCUGAAUAGAUUGCCUGAACUGGAAUUGGAAGCAAUUGAUAACCAGUUUGGACAACCAGGAACAGGUGACCAGAUUCCAUGGGCAAAUAAUGCUGUGACAGCUAUUAAUCAGAAUAAAGCAGAAGACCAGUGUAUCAGUUCACAAUUAGAUGAGCUUCUCUGUCCACCAACAACAGUAGAAGGAAGAAAUGAUGAGAAGGCUCUUCUGGAACAACUGGUGUCCUUCCUCAGUGGCAAAGAUGAAACUGAGCUUGCUGAACUAGACAGAGCACUGGGAAUUGACAAACUUGUUCAGGGCGGUGGAUUAGAUGUAUUAUCAGAGAGAUUUCCACCACAGCAAGCAACACCACCUCUAAUGAUGGAAGAAAGACCCAACCUCUAUUCACAGCCUUACUCUUCUCCUUCUCCUACUGCCAAUCUCCCUAGCCCAUUCCAAGGCAUGGUCAGGCAGAAACCUUCACUGGGGACUAUGCCUGUUCAAGUAACACCUCCCAGAGGUGCUUUUUCACCUGGCAUGGGUAUGCAGCCCAGGCAAACUCUAAACAGACCUCCAGCUGCACCUAACCAACUUAGACUUCAACUACAACAGCGGUUACAGGGACAGCAGCAGUUGCUACACCAAAACCGACAUGCUAUCUUGAAUCAGUUUGCAGCAACUGCUCCUGUUGGCAUCAACAUGAGAUCAGGCAUGCAGCAACAAAUUACACCUCAGCCACCUCUGAAUGCGCAAAUGUUGGCACAACGUCAGCGGGAGUUGUACAGUCAGCAGCACCGACAGAGGCAGCUUAUACAGCAGCAGAGGGCCAUGCUCAUGAGGCAACAAAGCUUUGGGAACAACCUCCCUCCCUCAUCUGGACUGCCAGUUCAAAUGGGGAACCCCCGUCUUCCUCAGGGUGCUCCACAGCAAUUCCCCUACCCACCAAACUAUGGUACAAAUCCAGGAACCCCGCCUGCUUCUACCAGCCCAUUUUCUCAACUGGCAGCAAAUCCUGAUGCAGCCUUGGCCACCCGAAACAGCAUGGUGAACAGAGGCAUGGCAGGAAACAUGGGAGGACAGUUUGGCACUGGAAUCAACCCUCAGAUGCAGCAGAAUGUCUUCCAGUAUCCAGGAUCAGGAAUGGUUCCCCAAGGUGAGGCCAACUUUGCUCCAUCUCUAAGUCCUGGGAGCUCCAUGGUGCCAAUGCCAAUCCCUCCCCCUCAGAGCUCUCUGCUCCAGCAAACUCCACCUGCUUCUGGGUACCAGUCACCAGACAUGAAGGCCUGGCAACAAGGAGCAAUAGGAAACAACAAUGUGUUCAAUCAAGCUGUCCAGAACCAGCCUACACCUGCACAGCCAGGAGUGUACAACAAUAUGAGCAUCACCGUGUCCAUGGCAGGUGGAAACACAAAUGUUCAGAACAUGAACCCAAUGAUGGGCCAGAUGCAGAUGAGCUCGUUGCAGAUGCCAGGAAUGAACGCUGUGUGCCCUGAGCAGAUAAAUGAUCCAGCACUGAGACACACAGGCCUCUACUGCAACCAGCUUUCAUCCACUGACCUUCUCAAAACAGAAGCAGAUGGAACCCAGGACAAGAAGACAGAAGAGUUCUUCUCUGUGGUGACUACAGACUAGAGGAAUGCUCUACAGGUGCAACAGGUUCAGGUGUUUGCUGACGUCCAGUGUACAGUGAAUCUGGUAGGCGGGGACCCUUACCUGAACCAGCCUGGUCCACUGGGAACUCAAAAACCCACGUCAGGACCACAGACCCCCCAGGCCCAGCAGAAGAGCCUCCUUCAGCAGCUACUGACUGAAUAACCACUUUUAAAGGAAUGUGAAAUUUAAAUAAUAGACAUACAGAGAUAUACAAAUAUAUUAUAUAUUUUUCUGAGAUUUUUGAUAUCUCAAUCUGCAGCCAUUCUUCAGGUCGUAGCAUUUGGAGCAAAAAAAAAAAAAAAAAAAAGAAAAAAAUGUUCACUUUUGUUGGGAGAUUGAGAGAUGCUUUUGUUUCUUUGUAAAGGCCUUGGAUAUUAGAAACAAGGCAGAACAGUUGGACAAUCUAUUUCUUGAGCCAAAUUUAAUUAUUCUUAUUUUUGUAAUCAGUCAUUGGCUUCUUAUCUGGAUGAAGGCUUUUGAAGGAGAACCAAAACAACAAGUUCCAAGGGGAAGACGAAGCUCCACCUCGCUGGCUCAGUCCUGACCCUGCCCAGGAAGAUAGGCCCGUGGGGCUUUGCCUGUGUCCGUCCACCAAAGGCUGUCACGUUCCUCAAAACCAACAGCCCUCCCUACCCCAACCCCAGGCAGCUUGUAUGUACAAUCAGCUUCUUCAAGCAACUCUUUAUCUGUUGGCUUCAAGAUAAUAUUUUGCCUCCACAUAUGUACCCUUUCUCCUUUUUUUAAAGAUGGAUUUAAACCAAGAUGCCUCCAGGAAAGAGGAUGAUAUUCACAGAGGAAUCCAAAAAAUACAGUUUGGGAAAAAAUGCAAUAAUUUUUGAUGAGAUGGGUGAAGGACAAGAUGCGAGUUCUGUCAAUUACUGUAGAUACAGUUUCCUGAUUAAAUCCGGCGAAAAAGGCAGCCUGUUCUUUCUGCUUUUAUUGUAUUAACAGCUGAGGUAGCUAAAGUUAUUUAAAAUAAAAUUAAAUUUAUGAUUCAAGUAGCUUA